CUAAAUUUAUUCAAUUUGUGAACAAGUUUCCAAAAUUUUGCUUCGGCAAAAAUACUACCGCGCCAAGCCAUUGAAAAGAAAAAAAACAUUCAUUUUUGUUUAUUUUGAAAUUAGUUGGAUUGGACUCUUUAUAUUUGGAUUUGUUCAUGAAACUAUUGGAAGUGCAAUUCCUAAUGUAUUCUAUCCCUUUUGAAAUUUGUAUUUAUAAUAAACUUAAUACACAUUUUACAUUAUAUAAUGAAUAUAACAUAAUAUUUAAUUCUGGUUAAGUACAUCAAUAUCUUUAUCACUGUAUAAAAUUAUGACUGCUUUAACUCUUCUACAUUUACCUCCAGAAUUACUAACUAAUAUUUUUAGUAGGUUAAGUACAUCAGAACUUCUUAAUUUAAUGCUAUCAUGUAAGGCUUUGAGAAAAUUCAUUAUUAACGAUAAUGCCAUCUGGAGAACAACCUGUCGAGGAAAAUUAUUUGUACAUAGUAGUGUCGAAAACAGUAAACCUACCUCAUUGUCAUGGUACCAUUGGUCUAGGAUUUCAUACAACUGGUAUAGUGGUGUGUACAGAGGACAGGUUCCUAUUCAGCAUCAUACAAACUACAUGCCCUGGUUAACAUAUCAAAAUUCAGAAGCUUUGGUGAUCUCAGUAGGAUCAGAGCUAAGAUGCUACAUCAUUGACAAAAGAAGUAUGCCCUAUUGUAAGGCUCAUUGGAUAUUACAAGUUCCAAAAAUUAAGAGACCUGGUGUGCGUAUCAGUGACAUAUCAAGAUUUGUUAUAAAAAGUGGUCUUAUUGUUUGUGGAAAUAGGGAUGGAUGUAUGUCUGUGUAUAAAGUAAAUAAUAUCCGAGAAAAACCACAUUUACUGUUUCACAUUCAAGACUGUCACGAAUAUGGUGAGAAGGAGUUGUCAACUGUGGAGUUAUGUAAUAAAAAUGAACCAUUCCUUAAUAUAGCUACUGGUUCUAAUUACAGUUCUGUAUUACGAUUCUGGCAACUAAAAGAACAUGAAAGUGAUGGAUUUGUGUCUGGUAUUCAAUAUAAUAACAAUAAUGUUAUUGACAGUGUAUCAGACAUCACUUUAUCAAAUAAUGUGGGUAUAAGGUGUAUGCACUUAAAUAAUUUAAAUAACAAACUUGCGAUUGGACUUAAUGGAAAUGAUACUCCUGUUUUACUUGAUGUCCCAUCGUGCGAAAUACUUAUGAAUCCACACGAAAAGACAAAUUUAAAACAACUUGUAAGGGAUAUACAAUGGCACGAUACAAAUACUAUUAUUUAUGUAACGCAUUCGGGGAAAUUGAGGUUAAUUGAUGCCAGAAGUCAUAAUAUGCUUUACGAUGUACAAGAUCCUUUUCUGUCAUCACUAUACUGCGUGAAAUCCGACGGAGGUCGCUCUAUUAUUGUGGGCUCGGCUGAGUAUGCACGCUGUGUACUGUUUGAUACACGAAAAAGUAAAACGCAUGUACAGAUUUAUUUUACCCAGAAGAAAACAUCACCCGUUUAUAGUUUAGAUUUUGAUUCAACUAAGCUGAUAGCAGCAGCUGAUCGAAGUGUAGCAGUACUGGACUUUAAUGUUAAUCUAGCCAGUGCAGAACGACGUGAUUAUUCGUAUUUUAAAUAAUACACCGUUUUACAUCUACUAAACGGCGAAAUACUUAUUACAUAAUGACGAAAUUCUAGACCCAAUUUUAUAGUUCGACAAACAUUACAGAGACCCGAAAUGUUGUAUAUAAGCUUCGUGUAUUGGCUUCUAAAUAUUUGUAAUAAAUAAAAAAAAAUUCUUAAUAAGAACAUUUUAGUUAUUAUAAUUAUUGUAUUUAUUUUAUUUUCAGUAUAGUUGCGUACAGAGCAGAGAAGUGACGUACUGUUGUUCAACAUACCAAAACAGACAAAUCGCUUCUCUGUUCGUCGUUGUGUUUGUCAUUUUUAAUAUUUACCCUACUACCUUUAGCUUUGACUCACAAUAUUUCAUUUCUAGCGCAAGGGAAAAUUGAGUUACGUGACCUCAAAGUAUAUGUGGGUAGACAAAUAUGCUCUGAAGAUGUUCAAAUACAUACAAUAAAAUAUUUUUUGACUUUGAUCCUUUUGUAGGAUCUAAACAAAUGUUUUUGAAUAAAAUAAGACGUCAUAUUUAUAAGCCAAGUUUUGAUAGUGGUUUUGGAUCUUUCUAUAUUUUUUGAUGUCCGUGUAUCUACCUUAAUUUAUUAUUUUAAUAUCACCGGUGAGUUUAUAUAUCAAAUAAUUUUUUUCACGGACUCGGUGGUCUAGCUAUUUGGCACACCGCUUUACGUACGAUGGUCGCGGGUUCGAUUCAUCAGUGCAAACAUUUAAAAAAUCUAAGUAUGCAUAUUCAUUAUCUAAUACCCAUAACACUAGCUCUCCUCACUGUGGGUCUAGGUGGCACUGUGUAAAUUGUCAAGCGUUAUUUUUUUUUAAAUAAAACUAUCUACAUUAAAAAUGAAUUCCUAUUUCUCUUGGUCGUGCCACGCCAUCAGGUGUGAACGGCGUGGAGAAUUUCGAUAAUUAUUUAUUGUUGUGUUUGUUAUUAUCAGAACGUUUUUAUAAAAGAGUGUAUUUAUUGUUAAAACAUGACAACAUCUACCGGAACAGUUAGUUUUUCUAUCAAAUGUCUCGUACAGAUGAUAAAUGUAAUUGGUUCUUAUAGUUAUUAUUAUUAUUUAAAAUAAAGUGUACAGAAUUAACAC